AUGGUGAAAAUAAAAGAGCUACAACAAUACGCGAUUCAGUUAUUAGCGGAAUGUUUUGCAACAUGUGUUCUCAUGCUCAUGGGCGACGGCGCUAUUGCUAACUAUAAAUUUUCUCGACAACCUUCUCAUUCUACACUUCCAAUUGCUAUUUCGUUUGGCAUCGGCGUCUACUCAGCACUGAUGCUUAGUGGACCAAUUACUGGUGCACAUCUCAAUCCAGCUUUGAGCAUAUCAUUAAUGACUGUUGGCAAACUAAAACUAUUACAAUGUAUCUUCUAUGUUAUUGGUCAAAUAUUGGGUGGAUUUUUAGGAGCUGCCCUAGUCUAUCUUGUUUACUUGAAACAAUUCGAUGAAUUUGAUGGUGGUAUACGACAAGUGAUAGGUCCCAAUGGUACAGCUGAUAUUUUCUUUACGAUGCCGGGCAAAGGUACACCACAGUGGAAUGCGUUGGUCGAUCAGAUUGUCACUACCGCUAUUUUGAUGAUCUUUGGCAUGUCAGUUGGACACAAAUUUAAUCAGAUGAUAUCAGAAGCAGCCAAGCCAUUUGCAUAUGCGCUGAUCGUUACAGGCAUUAUUUGUGCAUUUUCACUUAAUGCUGGAGCUGCAAUUAAUCCUGCUCGUGAUCUGGGUCCACGUCUUUUUGGAGCAUUUGUCUAUGGUUGGAAUGAAGUAUUUGGUGUACAUAACUAUUUCUUCUGGGUACCGAUCGUCGGUCCAAUUAUCGGAGCCAUUGUUGAUCUUCGUGAAUCUUGUGCAUUGAAUCAAAUUCAAAUUAUUGUUAAAUUAUUUCCACAAUUAGAAUAUCUUAAAACUUGUAUGGAUCGAAAAGAAAUCGGACAAAUAACGAAAUAUUUAUUAUUGAAAACUAAUAAUACAAUAUAA